AUGGCGAAUCGCACCGUAAAGGACGCGAAAUCAAUUCGGGGUACAAAUCCUCAGUAUUUAAUAGAAAAAAUUAUCAGAUCUCGUAUUUACGACUCGAAGUAUUGGAAGGAAGAAUGUUUCGCUUUAACUGCAGAGCUGGUAGUAGACAAAGCGAUGGAAUUGCGUUAUGUAGGCGGCGUGCACGGCGGUUUCAUUUACCCCACACCGUUUUUGUGUUUAGUAUUAAAAAUGCUUCAAAUACAGCCAGAAAAAGAUAUUGUGGUUGAGUUCAUAAAGAAUGAAGAGUUCAAAUACGUACGUGCACUUGGCGCUUUUUACAUGCGCCUCACCGGUACCUCUGUUGACUGCUACAAGUAUUUGGAGCCACUUUACAACGAUAAUAGGAAGUUGAGGCGGCAAAAUCGCGACGGGCAAUACGAGAUAGUUCACAUGGACGAGUUUAUUGAUGAAUUACUGCGCGAAGAGAGAUUAUGCGAUAUUAUUAUGCCGAGGAUACAGAAACGUCAUAUUUUGGAGCAGAAUAACGAAAUCGAACCUAAAAUUUCGGCUCUGGAUGAUGAUAUGGAUGAAGAAAUGCCGUCUGACGAUGAAGUUAUCGACCCCGAAGCCAAAGAGAACAAGCGAGAGAAAGAUAGACGGGACAGGGAUAGAAAGAGAGAUAGAUCAAGAGACCGCGACAGACGCGAUAAGGACAGAAAAAGAGAACGUUCAAGGAGCAGAGAUAGAAGACGUGAUAGGGAGAGAGAAAAAGAGCGGGAACGCGAGAAGGAACGAGAAAGAGAGAAGGAACGUGAAAGGGAAAAGGAACGUGAAAGAGAGAAAGAACGCGAAAGAGACAAAGAGCGUGAAAGAGAAAAGGAACGUGAACGAGAGAAGGAUAGAGACCGUGAACGUCAAAGAGAUAGAGAUAAGGACAGAAGAGAAAGACAUGAUGAUAGGAGAAGAGACAGAAGACAUUAGAAUAAUUAUAAGUGUAAUUUUUAUUUAGUCAUACUAUGUAACAAUUGUCUUAAUUGAGCACUAAAGCUUAUUUGAAUGAGGAUCAUGAACACAGAAAACCUCUAAGACUUUUAGAAGACUCAACAACAUUGUCUAUGUUCCAUAAUAUAUAUUUUAUCACCAGAGCUUAAUGGUUAAUAAUUCAGCUUUGACUUUUGUACAACCAAAUCCAGGUCGAUUCCUUAUCUUUGUUAAAUAUAUUUGAAUAUAU